UUUUAAUGAUUUUGAAACCACGUGGAGCUUGUUUAAAGAAAAUGCUCGUACAUCUUUAGUAAAUUUUUCUGUUUUUGUUCUUGUCUCCUUUUCUUCAGCUGAAAGGAGUUUAUGCACUGAAACGACCUCAGGAAAACCCAAGAUGGCCGCCAAAAGGAAAGGUGGCCUAAAACUCAAUGCUAUCUGUGCCAAGCUGAGCCGCCAAGUGGUGUUUGAAAGCAGCUCCCAGAACGCAGAAGGAGACCAGAGUGUAGCAGACAACAGCGAACGUGGCAGUUCUCACUACGACGACAACGAGACCAACUUCCCCGAGAGCCUAAGCCAGAGCCUCGAAGAGGACCAGAAGAGACGCGAGGCCAUCGAGAAGUGGGUCAACGGCGAGUACGGCGACGAGCCCCCAGCUCCCGACGACGAUCAGGAGCCUGAGCUCAAAGUGAGCAAUGACGAAGAUGGCCCUCCCGAGGGCGUGUACAUGGUACAGCCCAAAGGCUGCAGCGACGACGAAGACAAUGCCGAAGAGGCUGAGGCCACCGUUGGGUCUCAUGAUGGCAGUUACCAUGACGACAAAGACGCCGAAGACAAGCUUUCAAAAGAAGACAGUUACAUGCCGCCACGCGAGGCCCGGAGUCGCCAAGCAACUUUCUCCUCUCCAGGAGAAGCGUCUGCUCUGCGAGACUAUGCAGCCAACACCAUGAAUGAAUUUCUUGGAAUGUUUGGUUAUGAUGACCAGCAGGUAAGGGAUGAGCUGACCAAGAAGAUCAGCUUUGAGAAGCUCAAAGCUGCUACCUCAGAUCCGUCGUCCCUCAGCAGUGAAGAGGCCUCGCGGCGCGCCCGCUUCUCAAAGUACGAAGAGUACAUUCGAAAGCUCAAAGCUGGUGAGACCCUCCCUUGGCCCAUGCAUGCUUCCCCACCUAAACCGGAUGACCUCAACUCAAAACUGACCCAAGACAAGAGCGCUGCCAUGCUCCAGACUUCCGGGUGCCUACCAGGGACUGAGGCACAGAUCUACCCAUCCAGCCUGGACCACAAACAGCCAGUGGCACCUCAGCUGGGCAACUCCCAGCCGCCCAAUCCUUCUCACAUGCAGAAUGUGGCCUCCCGAGCCUCCAAAUACGACUUCUUCAUUCAGAAGCUGAAGAUGGGCGAGAGUUUACAGCAGCAGAACGGUAAUGCGUACAAGCGACCAUCGAAGUACGACCUGGAGAAUGUCAAGUUUCUGCACCUCUUCAAGCCCGGCGAGGGCAGCCCCGACAUGGGCGGCGCCAUCGCCUUUAAGACUGGCAAAGUGGGUCGCCCUUCCAAGUACGACAUCCGAACAAUUCAGAAGCUAAUGCCAGGAAACCCCGAAGCGUCCCUGAUGCCCAAUGUCCUCGCCUCGGCGCCGGGGAACCCCGGAGCUCCCGGCGUCCCCACCGUGGGCUCAGCCGGGGCCAGUAUUGCACCGGGGCUCACUAUGGACCAGACAGGGCACCUCAGUUUCAAUGCUGCUGACUACAUCAAAUCCAGCUUUUCCAAGACUGACUCCAUCACCACAGGCACAGUGUCGUCUGUUAAGAAUGGUCUGCCACCAGAUAAACCACCCAGCGAUGACAUCAACCUCUACCAGAAAUAUAUUGCCAGGUUCUCUGGAAGUCAGCACUGUGGGCAUGUGCACUGUGCCUACCAGUACAGGGAGCAUUAUCACUGCAUGGACCCCGAUUGUAACUACCAGGUCAGCAGGUUUACCAGUAAGCAGGAUGUAAUCAGGCACUACAACAUGCACAAGAAGAGGGACAACUCCCUGCAGCAUGGCUUCAUGCGCUUCAGCCCUCUGGACGACUGCAGCGUCUACUACCAUGGCUGUCACCUCAAUGGAAAAAGCACCCAUUACCACUGCAUGCAGGUGGGGUGUAGCAAGGUGUACACCAGCACUUCAGACGUCAUGACUCAUGAGAACUUCCAUAAAAAGAACGCCCAGUUGAUCAACGACGGCUUCCAGAGAUUCCGUGCCACUGAGGACUGCGGCACAGUCGGGUGUCAGUUCUACGGGCAGAAGACAACACACUUCCACUGCAGACGCCCAGGCUGCACGUUCACUUUUAAGAACAAGUGUGACAUUGAGAAGCACAAGAGCUACCACAUCAAGGAUGAUGCUUAUGCCAAAGACGGCUUCAAGAAGUUUUAUAAGUACGAGGAAUGCAAGUAUGAGGGCUGCGUGUACAGCAAAGCCACCAACCAUUUCCACUGUAUUCGCUCGGGCUGUGGCUUCACCUUUACUUCCACCAGUCAAAUGACCUCCCACAAACGCAAGCAUGAGCGUCGGCACAUCCGCUCCUCCGGAGUCAUGGGCCUCUCCUCUACCUUCCUGGCUCCAAAGGACGAGCCCGAGGAGUCCAGUAAUGAUGAUCUGAUGGACUUUUCGGCCAUCAGCAGCAAGAACUCCAGCCUGAGCGCUUCACCGACCACCCAGCAGUCCACCACUGUACCUCAUCUGAUGACCACGCCCACCACUGCUGUCUCCUCCUCUAUGUCGGGUCACUCCCUCAAGCCCACGCCAUCACUGGCCAGCACUGGCCAACGCAUGUCGAACCUGCUGACUCAGGCCCUGCCGAGCAACAUGCCAGUGGCCCUGGCUCUCUCCAACAGCGCUCUGGCCACCUCCAACCCAUUCUUCCCCAUUAUGCCCAGACUGCCUCUUCAUCCUCCUGCACCAGCUGCUAGCCUGAUAUCCUCCACGUCUUCUGGGGGCCACUCCAUGCCCACCGACUCGCUGAGCCAGGGCUCCUCCAUUCUGUCGGGGGACGCAGCCAUGGCCUCAACCCCAACCACAGCUUCCUUUGCCACCUCUUCCAUUAUGGAGAAGAUCUCUGCCAGCAAGGGUCUGAUAUCACCCAUGAUGGCCAGACUGGCUGCUGCUGCACUGAAGCCCUGCAACAACCCAGACACAGGGAAUGGGCAGCCGGGUUCAGCCAGCCAGUUCAGUCUGGUUCAAGUGAAGCAGGAGCCAGUGGACGCCAACUCUGGGGCUUCCCAAGACUCCGCACAGGAGCACAGCCUGGAUCUGAGCAAGAAAGACCACAGCAAUGAAUCAAACGGACACCCUGUACCAGGGAAUACAUCUCUUUUAUCCUCGCUUAUGAAUAAGAUGUCACAGGUGAACCCUGCCCUCUUCAACGCCAUGAACCUGAAGACAGAGUUGGAGGGAAGCCAGGGCACCGACACUUCGGAGGCGGCUCAGUAUCUGAACAGAGUGCUGAAGAGGCCCCUGCAGGAAAAACCCACUGAGAUCUGGAGGACAUACCUUCGCAGAUUUGACACGGAUGACUUUUGCGAGGCUCAUUGUGACUUCCUCCAGAAAGUGCACUUCCAUUGCCUGGUGGAGGAUUGUGGUGCACUCUUCAGCACUGUGGAUGGGGCCAUAAAACAUGCCAACUUCCACCUGCGAGCCACCUUAAAAGUGAAGUCAGAGCCUCCCUUCGCCGACGGGAAAGAAUCCAGCGAGGCAGCCCCGCUGCAGCCGGUCGCCCCUGUCUCCAUGGCCAACAAUCACUCCAUGGAUGUGGCACAACUCACGUCCUCCGGUGGCUACAGCUCUCCCCCUCCCUCCCUGCUGGCCUGGAAGCAGCUGACCGGCAGCAUCCCUCAGAUGCCGGCCUCCAUGCCCAACCUGCCCGCUAAUUCUCCUCUGGCCACCACCUCUCUGGAGAAUGCUAAGCCGCAAGUCAAACCUGGUUUUCUGCAGUUCCAGGAAAAUGAUCCAUGUUUGGCUACCGACUGCAAGUACUCAAACAAGUUCCAUUUCCACUGCUUGUUUGGGAACUGCAAGUAUGUGUGCAAGACCUCUGGGAAGGCCGAGUCCCAUUGUUUGGACCACAUCAACCCCAACAACAACCUUGUCAACGUUCGCGACCAGUUUUCCUACUACUCUCUUCAGUGUCUCUGUCCCAACCAGCAAUGUGAGUUCAGAAUGAGGGGCCACUAUCACUGUCUGCGACCCGGCUGCUACUUCGUCACCAACAUCACCACCAAGCUGCCGUGGCACAUCAAGAAGCACGAGAAGGCAGAGCGCCGUGCCGCCAAUGGCUUCAAAUACUUCACUAAGAGAGAGGAGUGCGGUAGGCUGGGUUGUAAGUAUAACCAAGUCAACAGCCACUUCCACUGCAUCCGAGAGGGUUGCCAGUUCUCCUUCCUGCUCAAGCAUCAGAUGACCUCACACGCACGCAAGCACAUGAGGCGAAUGCUGGGGAAGAACUUCGACAGAGUCCCAUCCCAGGUAAUGCCGCUCGGCCAGCGGGCAGACGAGAUGCAGCACGCAACCAGUUUAGUGUCUGGGCCAAUGUCGGCGCAGCCUGGCUUCACCUCCAGCUUCUCCUCUGGUGUCAUUGAUGAGACUGAUGACUACAUGGACUACAUGGGAGGAGGAGGCAGCCCUUUAGGUCUCUCAUCUGAAUCUUCCAACCAGGACAGAAGCUGCACCAGCACACCUGUGGGAAACGAUAGUUCUCCAGCAGGACAAGGCUACCCUGCCACCACUUCUGCUCCUACCACCCCUGCUGACACUAGCGCUACCCAAAACGCACCUCCUUCCUCCCCUCCUCCACCACCUCCUCCACCACCACCGCCACCGCCACCUCCUCCCUCCGCUCCUCAGCCUGGCCCCCAGUCCCAGGCCCCAUCCCUCUCUCCCGCUCUCCUCCGACCCGCUCUCCCCUCACUCCCAUACCUCCUCUCUCCAUCCUGUCUGUCAUACUCUCUGCUCAGCGCCUCUCUGGGAGCCACUCGGAGUGUUGUCAUGCCAACCAACACACCAGCUUUCAGCCCCAUCAUUGCCACUCCGUCUCCGGUUAAAAAUGACGUCCCUAUAGUGCAGGAUGCUGCAGGUGCAAAAAAGCGCUUCUGGAUCAUCGAGGACAUGUCGCCGUACGGCAAGCGCCGCAAGACGGCCUCGUCCCGCAAGAUGCUGGACGAGGGGAUGAUGCUGGAGGGCUUCCGCCGCUACGACCUGUACGAGAACUGCAAGGACUCGGGCUGCCAGUUCUCCCUGAAGGUGACCCACUACCACUGCACCCGCGAGAACUGCGGCUACAAGUUCUGCGGCCGCACCCACAUGUACAAGCACGCGCAGCACCACGACCGCGUGGACAACCUGGUCCUGGACGACUUCAAGCGCUUCAAGUCCUCGCUCAGCUGCAACUUCCCCGACUGCCAGUUCUCCGGCAACAGCACCCACUUCCACUGCCUGCGCUGCGGCUUCCGCUGCACCGACAGCACCAAGGUGACGGCCCACCGCAAGCACCACGGCAAGCAGGACGUGAUCAGCGCCGCCGGCUUCUGCCAGUUCAGCUCCAGCGCCGACUGCGAGGUGCCCGACUGCAAGUACAAGCUCAAGUGCUCCCACUUCCACUGCACCUUCCCCGAGUGCAAACACACGGUGGUGGGCAUGUCCCAGAUGGAUUCCCACAAGAGGAAGCACGAGAAACAAGAGCGGGGCGAGAUUCCGUCGGUGUCCCCGAAACAGGAAGGGACGCACCACCUGGCCGGAAACGUGGCGGCCGUCCCUCCGUCCUCCAUGGCUCUCGCCAUUUCCUCACCCGCCGGGUUCCACAGUUUGCCCCACAACAUCAACAGCAGCGCCCCCUCCAUGCUGUACCAGACGGGGGGCAUGGGCUCCGACUACACCCACCCGUACCAGCCGUCCCCCAUCAGCCUGGACAGCUCCCUCAACCUGGGCACCGACAGCAGCAGCUCGCUCUUCUUCCUGAAGAACGCGGCCGGCCUGGGCCUCAGCGACUCGCUGGACCUCAGCAAGAGGAUCCACCACGAGGCCGCGCGGCUGGGCCACGCCACCGGCCCCCCGCCGGGUCUGCACACGGCUCAGGACGACACCACGGGGACGUCCGGAGAGGCCGAAGACGACAUGUCGCCAGAGGAGGAGGCACCUGCCGAGGAAGACGAUGACGAUGAGGAGGAGGAGGAAGAGGAGGAGGCAGAGGACGAGCUGAACAGUGACUCUAAUGAUGAUUCGAUGGCAGAGCCCGACGGCGAGAAGGACAAUGGCCAGAGUUUUGAUGCUUCCGUUAACCCCACUGAUGCUUCCCCAUUGGAAAAGCGAGAUGCAGACCCAUAA